GUAACAACAUGGACAAAAAAGUUGAAGAAAACAACUUUAACUCAUCAGCCAAUUUAAAAGACAACCCAGGUUUUAAAUCAUCCUUGAGUAUAGCGACGUGUGAUGAAAAGAAUGAAAAGGCAUACAACCCGUUCGAACACCGUGAACUCCAGCACCCUAACUCUACAAUCGGCUCAAUACUUCACCUGCUGAAGGCAUGCCUAGGGUCUGGCAUUCUGGCGAUGCCAGCCGCUUUCAAGCACUCUGGCCUCGUAGCUGGUUCUAUAGGAACUAUACUGGCCGGAUUUGUCUGCACACACACCAUAUCUGUGUUGGUUAAAAUAUCACAAGAAGUAUGCGUGGAUGCGAAGAAGCCGUCUAUGAGCUUCUCUGAGACGUGUGCCGCAGCCUUCGCUUACGGACCUAAAAAACUGAGGCCGUGGAGCAACUUUUUCAAAGUGUUGGUGGACUUCUCAUUGCUACUAACGUAUAUAAGUGUCCUGUGUGUGUACGUUGUAUUCAUUGGUUCAUCUAUUAAAGAGGUAGUGGAUGUGCUAGUACCAGAAUCGCAUAUAUCUAUUCAGACGUAUUGCGUACUUACCCUAGUACCACUGGUACUGCUAUGUCAAAUUAGGAACCUGAAGUACUUGGUCCCAGUUUCUGGUCUGGCGAACGCACUCAUCGUGAUCGUAUUUGGCGCCACCAUGUACUAUAUUUUCUCUGACUUGCCACCGGUCAGUGAGAGGGAGAUGGUUGCUAAAGUUUCGCAGUGGCCUCUCUUCGUCAGCACCGUUAUAUUCGCUAUGGAGGGCAUUGGAGUCGUCAUGCCUGUAGAGAAUGAGAUGAAGAAACCGGAGCAGUUCCUUGGAUGUCCAGGAGUUUUGAAUGUUUCUAUGGUUAUCGUUAUAGUACUGUACGCUCUUUUUGGAUUCUUUGGAUAUGUGCAGUACGGGGACAUAGUUAUGGGAAGCAUUACUUUAAAUUUACCAGAGAAUGACAAGCUGGCGCAAGCAACGAAGUUGUUAAUGGCUAUCGUAAUAUACUUCUCGUUUCCUCUACAAUUAUACGUGUCCAUGGAAAUAAUAACAAGGAUGACGAAAAACCGCAUGUCAAGCAAAUUUGAGAACGUCUUCCAAAUAACCAUCAGGACUCUCAUUGUAAUGUUAACAGUCGGUAUCGCCGCAGCCUUCCCUAACUUGGAGUUGGUGAUCAGCUUCGUGGGUGCCGUCUUCUUGUCCACCCUGGGUCUCCUCUUCCCUGCCAUCAUCGAAAUCGUCUACCGCUGGGACCGAGACACUGGUCGAUUCAACUACAUCAUUUACAAGGAUAUCAUAAUAGCAAUAGUGUCCAUCAUAGCCCUUGUGUCUGGAGCAUAUGUGUCUGUCGUAGGGCUGAUUGAAGAAUUUAUCAUUGGAGAAGGCCCAGAAGUACAUAAUGAAAAUGAUACCUUGACAUGA